GCCUGCAGCCUCUGUGUCCUUCUCUGGGCCACAGCGGCUGCAGCUCAGCCCUCAGCUCCCCUCGGAGCACAGCUGGGAGCUGAGAUAAAUGCUCCAGCUGCUGCUGUCGGAGCACAGCUGGGAGCUGAGAUAAAUGCUCCAGCUGCUGCUGUCGCUGCUGGGCCUCUUGCUACCUGCUGAGGGGGACACAAUGCCCAGAAUGUCCACCUCCAUGGGUCUGCUGCUGCUGCUGCUCCUGAGCCAGCCUUGGGCGGGGACCGGAGCUGACCUGGAGGCCGUGGUCUGCGCGGGGACUGCCUGCUACACAGCCCACUGGGGCAAGCUGAGUGCGGCCGAGGCCCAGCAUCACUGCAGCACCAAUGGUGGCAACCUGGCCACGGUGAAGAGCGAGGAGGAGGCCCGACACGUCCAGCGCACCCUGGCCCAGCUCCUGAGCCCCGAGGCACUCCCGGCGGCCCGGAUGGGCAAGUUCUGGAUCGGGCUCCAGCGAGAGAAGGGCAAGUGCUUGGACCCCAGCCUGCCACUGAAGAACUUCAGCUGGGUGGGAGGCGGGGAGGACUCGUCUUAUGCCAACUGGCACAAGCAGGUGAGGAGCUCCUGCAUCUCCAAGCGCUGCGUGUCUCUGCUGCUAGAUCUCUCCUUGCCGCUCCUCCCCAGCCACCUCCCCAAGUGGUCCGAGGGCCCCUGUGGGAGCCCCAGCUCUCCCAGAAGCAACAUUGAGGGCUUCGUGUGCAAAUUCAGCUUCAAGGGCAUGUGUCGGCCCUUGGCCCUGGGGGGCCCCGGCCAGGUGACCUACACCACCCCCUUCCAGGCCACCAGCUCUUCCCUGGAGGCUGUGCCCUUUGCCUCUGUGGCCAACGUGGCCUGUGGGGACGGGGAUGGGGACGAGAGUAAGAGCCAGUAUCUCCUGUGCAAGGAGAAGAGCCCCGAUGUGUUCGACUGGGGCAGCUCGGGCCCGCUCUGUGUCAGCCCCAAGUACGGCUGCAACUUCAACAAUGGGGGCUGCCAGCAAGACUGCUUUGAUGGCGGGGUGGGUACCUUCCGCUGCGGCUGCCGGCCGGGGUUCCAGCUGCUGGAUGACCUGGUGACUUGUGUCUCCCGGAACCCCUGCAGCUCCAGCCCCUGUGGAGGGGAGGCCACAUGCAUCCCUGGACCUGACGGGGAGAGUUACACAUGCCGCUGCCCCAAAGGCUACCAGCUGGACUCCAGCCAGCUGGACUGCGUGGACGUGGACGAGUGCCAAGAUUCCCCCUGUUCCCAGGAGUGUAUCAACACCCCCGGGGGCUUCCACUGCAAAUGCUGGGUGGGCUAUGAGCCUGGCAGCCCUGGAGACGGGGUCUGUCAGGAUGUGGACGAAUGUGCCCCUGGCCACUCGCCCUGUGCCCAGGGCUGCAACAACACUGAUGGCUCAUUCCACUGCUCCUGCAAGGAGGGCUACGUCCUGGCCGGGGAGGACAGCACCCAGUGCCAGGACGUGGACGAGUGUGCAGGCCUGGUGCACGGCCUCUGUGACAGCUUGUGCUUCAACACGCCUGGGUCCUUCCACUGUGGCUGCCUGCCAGGCUGGGAGCUGGCCCCCAACGGGGUCUCCUGCACCAUGAGUGCCAUGUCCCCAGAACCACAGGCUGGGCCUCCCCAGGAGGAGGAUGAAGGAGGGAACAAGGAGAGUACCAUGCCUCCCGCUGCAACGUCCAGUCCCACCAGGGUCCCUGAGGGGACCUCCGAGGCAGCGCUCACAGCAAAGAGAACUUCCCUCCCAUCUUACACCCCCAUCGCCUCUGCCCCACCUGAGAUGCUGGGCUCUACGGGGCCCCCUGGCGUCUGGACGGAGCCCAGCACCCAGCACCCCACGACCGUCACUAGCCACGGGGAGUCUGCUGGUAGGGGUUCCGUGGCCACCCAAAGCGAUGACGGCACCGACGAGCAAAAGCUGCUCUUGUUCUACAUCCUGGGCACCGUGGUGGCCAUCUUACUCCUGCUGGCUCUGGCGCUGGGGCUGCUGGUCUUCCGCAAGCAGAGAGCGAAGAGGGUGGAGAUGAAGGAGAAGAAGCCCCAGAGUGCGACAGACAGUUACUCGUGGGUUCCAGAGCCAGGGGACAGCAGGGCCGCGGACAAUCAGUACAGAUUCCUGGGAUGCAUACUCCCCGAAGAGCUCGUUAGAAAAUGGAUCAUUCUGUGAUCUGCUCCUGGAGACAGUGCCCAUCUGUUUCAGGUAGAAACUCUGGAAUUCCUUUCUUGCAUUGUUAGUCUUGCCUGCAAGGUGAAGGUGGCAAGUGGUUCCUUUCAACAGAUUUUUAUCUGCUGCCCCCCUGCCCCCCCCACCGAAGUUCUUUGUGCAUAUUUGGCUUAAGCUUGAAUUACAUUGUGUGCAAGGCCUUGUCAAAUGUGAUUGUAAAUGUCAACAAUUGCUUCAUGAACACUAAAUGAGAAUGUAAGUAUUUUUAAAUAUGUGUAUUUGAAAUAUGUUUGACUAAUUCUGGAAUUAUAGGAUUUCUGUGCAGAAUUUAUUUUUAUCCUGUGCAUAAAAAUUUCCCAGGGUGUGGGGAGGGGAAGCUCUGAUACUGAGCUGCUCCUUGGAGUUCCUACAAAACGGCUUCUUGAGUGGCAUCACCGGUCAGCCUUUAAGUAGCAGCUUUGUUGCCCUUUGAGCUUUCUGUUAUGCACGUAUCCUAAUAAACUCCAAAAUACAUUUGUUGUGA